AUGGCCACACAAACCGCUGGAGGAAGCGGACGAACGACAUCAACCUACAUCGAUCUCGACUACAUCACCUCCAAUGACUUUUCGCCCCAUCAACAUGCCAACAAUCUCGUCCUUGCUACCAACAACCCGUCUGAUCCAACCAUCGACCUCACAACACCUUUGUCUCGCGUUCUCUUUGAUCUCCAGGAAAUAGAUUCACACAUUCAUACUUUGACAUCUCGUUCUGCUCUCGACAUUCUGACAUACACGUCUACCCAAAAUGCAGCUGCUCAGCGCAUCUUGGGCAAGGUCGAGGAAGAGCGAAGGCGACUUACUGAGAGUUACGCGCGGCUCGAGAACGAGGUCCUUGUCCGCCAUCAACGAGCGGUUGACGCAAAGUUGACCGCUCAACGGAGUCUUGAAGCCAUCCAAUUAGGCCGCGCUGUACAACGAAUCCUCGGACUUGCACGCCAGUUCGACACCAUACUCGCUGAUUCCGGACUCGGUGCCCCUGGUAAGCUGGGCAAGGAAGACCACAGUAGCCUAGUCAGAGCGACACUUCUGAUUCUUGCUUUGCGCGAUGCAAUGAGCGGAUCCGAUGGCGCCCAACUGGGCCGUGUCAACAUGGUCAAGACCUUGCGUGGCAAGGUGUUUGAGGAUGGAGAGGCAAAGAUACUGGAUUUUGCUCGACGAGUCGUACGCGAAUUUUCAAUGAGCACGUUAUCUUCUUCAACACACGCAGCUGGGGGAGCCACGGCAGGUCCUACCUUUCGGGAAGCCGAGCAAAGUCGUGCACGUUUCUCAAGUGCCACUCACAUCCUCUACUUGCUCUCUCCUGCACCCAGAAUUGACGGUGAGAAAAUGAGCAGGAAAGAUUUCGAGCCAGAAUAUCUACUGCGUGCCUUGCAAAGCUACCUACAGACGGCUAUCACAUCGAGUUCAGCCACCAUCGGCCGAGCUUUGGGGCAGCUGCCGAUGCUGGAUAGAGCGCUACUGGAGGCCAGUGCUCGUUGCCAGAAUGUGGUGGCCCUGGAGGUGUUACUCCGCGGGAUAUCGCCCCCGGAACAUCCGUUACUCCAAGCAAAAGAAAGCGCAAGUGUCGAGGAAAGCGACAGUGGUGAGGAGGAUGAUACCGCAGCACCUACGAACGAAUCGUCUUCGGAAACAUUCCUCACCCUCCUCCUCAAUGCUCUCGAUACAGCCUCUCUGCCCUCCUAUUUCUGGAGGUCCCUGGCAUCUUCGCUAUCAUCUCGGGUGUCCGAGAUCUUGAAUCGAGGUGGGGUAUCUGCGCGCACGCUCAAAAGUCAACGCGACACUGUAAAAGCCGAGAUACGCGAUUGCGUUCUCCGGGGUUCUAGGAUGCCAAAGACUGUGGUUUUAGGAGAUGCCAGGGCGACUGCGAAUGGGGAGGAACCUGUGGGAAAUUGGGAACGAGAAGCUGCAGUCAUGGUGCAAAGUGUGGUAGGCCCUCUGGGACGGUGA